AACUGCGCCCCAGCUCAUCCUUAUCUAAGGGACAAUCACUACGAAAUGUCCCCGGGCCUGUGGUCGAGGACACCUAAAAAUGGUGCAUUUUCAAUAAGGGUUUCACCCAUUUUAGGGGCUCACUUCUCCCGAACUUUCUUCAUAAGCUUUGCGUCGUGCGAUUUUCGCAUAGUCUGAAAAACUUGAACAUUGACGACACUUUUCGGUAUCGAGGGGCGAAGGCCGGCGUGACAUUAUAUCAAAUGCAUAAUUUUUCAAAUAAAUGCAAGAUUGGUUAAGUGGUGCAAAAAUCGAAAUGUCACCUUACUUGAUGUCAAAAUUAACCAUUAAAAGAGAUGCAAGAUACGGUUUGUGACGAGCCAGACAAGGACAACAAUAAAUGUCAAUCUGACAUUUAAAUGACAGAAGAAAUGUAAACACAGCGUAGAGUCAUAAAAAUGAAUAUCCUUCCAAAGAAAAGAUGGCAUGUCCGCUCGAAAGACAACAUUGCGCGGGUGCGGAGGGACGAGGCCAAAGCAGCUGAAGAAGAAAAAGCGCGAGAAAAUCGAGCCAAAUUAGCCGAACGGGAAGCCCGAACCGAGUUAUUGAGACAAAAGGCGCGUGAGCGUGUCCCCACUAACGAUUUUAUUCCCUUGAGUAAAGAGGAAGCCCCCGCACAAACCACCCAUGUCAACUUCUUCCAAGAAGUCGAAGAAGGCAUUGCAGAAACCCAAACCACGAAUAAAGAACACGAAAAAGAAGUCAAGGAAGAGAAAGAAAAGUAUGAGAAACAGAUCGGUUACUUGACUUACUUGGGGCAAGACACGAAUGAGGCUUUGGGGAAGAAAAACUGGUACGAUGAACUACCAGACAGGUUUAGAAAUGAUAAGACCGAAGUUGGGCUCAAAAGCAAGCUUCGGGAGGAUCCUCUAAGUGUCAUGAAGAAGUUUCUGGGGGAUUCUGGGGGCGUGAAGAAGAGUCAAGAACCCGUGCAUAGAGCCGUAGCCCUGACUCUUAAAACGAUUGAAAAGAAGGCCAAAAAGAGGAGUAGCAGUGAGGAGAGGAAGAGUAAGAAACACAAAAAGAAGAAGAAACGGAAGAAACAUUCCAGUGAUGAUUCUGAGUCCGAUUCCGAUUUUGAGAAGAAACGCAAAUUGGAAGUUUUGAGGAUGGAGAGGUUGAAACGUGAGAGAGAAGAGAGGAAGCGGACUGAAGGACUUUUGGCGAAAUUGCGAGGAGAGAAAACCGAAGAAGAAAAGCCCCAAAGUGUUGGUAAAAAGUACAAUAAUCAGUUUAAUCCAGAACUGGCGAGGCAGAAUUAUAAAUAAAUCGAAUUGAGAC